AUGGAACCCGGACCGCGGCGGCGGCGGCGCAGAAGCCGCCAGUUGGUGGCCGCAUUUCUGCGCGACCCGGGCUCUGGGCGCGUUUACCGGCGCGGGAAGCUGAUUGGCAAGGGCGCCUUCAGCCGCUGCUACAAACUAAUAGACAUGUCCACCAGUGUUGUGUUCGCCCUCAAGGUGGUGCCGCGAAGUGGGGGUGGGGCCGGGCGGCUGCGCCCACGGGGGAAGGUGGAGCGGGAGAUCGCUCUGCACAGCCAUUUGCGACACCGCAACAUCGUGGCCCUGCAUGGACACUUUGCUGACCGUGACCAUGUGUACAUGGUACUGGAGUACUGUAGCCGCCAGUCUUUGGCCCACGUGCUGAAGGCACGGCAGACCCUGACGGAACCGGAGGUGCGCUAUUACCUGCGGGGCCUAGUCAGUGGCCUGCGCUACUUGCACCAGCGGCGUAUUGUGCAUCGAGACCUGAAGCUCAGUAACUUCUUCCUUAACAAGAACAUGGAGGUGAAGAUUGGAGACCUGGGACUGGCCGUCAAGGUGGGGCCGGGGGGGCGCUGCCACAGGGUACUCUGUGGGACCCCAAACUUCUUGGCCCCUGAGGUGGUUUCCAGAAAUGGACACUCCUGCCAGUCAGACAUCUGGGCUCUGGGCUGCAUCAUGUAUACGGUGUUGACCGGCGCCCCGCCCUUCACGGCAACACGAUUGUCAGAGAUGUACCAAAACAUCCGUGCCGGCCACUACCCUGAGCCUGUGCACCUGUCACCCAAUGCGCGAAACCUCAUAGCCCGCCUCCUGGCACCCAAUCCUGCUGAGCGGCCCAGUCUGGAUCAUGUGCUGCAGGAUGCAUUCUUCACGCAGGGUUUCACUCCAGACCGACUCCCCCCCCACUCCUGCCACAGCCCACCCAUCUUUGCCAUCCCACAGCCCCUGGGCAGGCUGUUCCGGAAAGUGGGCCAGCUGCUGCUGACCCAGUGCCGACCACCCUGUCCCUUCACUCCCAAAGAUACCUCAGGACCCGAAGAGCAGGGUCCAGAGCUGGAAUCCAUGGAGUGGGGCAGUGAGGUUUCCUUGUCUGAGAGAGUGGCCCCCUGCCCCGAGGCCCCCAUCCGCAUGCUCACCCAAGGGAGCCUCCGGAGUGACCCUGAGGGGUCGGAGCCGGGCCUGAGGUGGGAGGUGGAGAUGGCCAUUCAGAGUCUGCAGCUCUGCCUGGAUGCUGGCUCCCCAGCUAUGCAGGAACCCCCAGGAGAGCAUGUCCCAGGAACUUUGCCCCUCCUCUGGGCCCCCAAGUGGGUGGAUUAUUCCAGCAAGUAUGGCUUUGGUUACCAUCUGUCAGAUGGAGGCAGUGGAGUUCUGUUCCGGGAUGGCACCCACAUGGCCCUCCGCCCCCCAAGAAGCCAGGUCUGCUACGCCCCGGACCGCGGGAGACUGGAGACCUUCGCGCUGCGGGACGUGCCCAGCGCGCUCGGUGCCAAGUUGGCGGUCCUGCGUCUGUUCACGCGUCACCUGCAGCAGCAGCUGAGGGAGGAGGGGGGCUCGCCCCGACCCGCUCCUCCGCCCGCUGGACCCAGUCUUUGCCUACUUCGCGUCCUGGUGUCCGAUCAGGCCUCGGUGCUCCUCUUCAGCGACGGCACGGUGCAGGUCAGCUGCACCGAUCAGCAGGCUCAGCUGGUGCUGACUGGAGAAGGCGAGAACCUGCUCUUCAGCUUCUGGGAACGGGGCCAGCCCAUCACCUCCUGCUUGCUGGGCACCCUGAGGAGCCGAGGCUGCACCCCACCCAGCCGCCAGCGCCUUCACCAUGCUCUCCGCAUGCUUCAGAGUAUCUAG